AUGCUCGCCUCCCCCCCUGUCACCGGCGUCCUCUCCUCCCUGAUCUGCUCCUCCCCUACCCUCCUCCCUCCUGGUGACUGCAUACCUUCUGUCGACCCCAAGUCCAACCUCUCCGCCUCCUCCCUCGACGACGCCAUCUCUCAAAUCGUCGUUGAGCCCCAUGACCUCGCCUCGUUCAUAGACUUCGCAGACCUGGAGCCGAGCAGCAACGACGAGCACGCUGAGUUCGAGUCUACGUCGGUACCAGCGUGUGAGGCAGAGGAGGAAGGGACAGCAGCAGCUCUGCCGCUCCUCGUUGCGACUACUCUGGACCCAGCCAUCACUUGGUUUGAAGCGUACAGAUUUGUGAAGAACAACAAACACACCAAGCAAGCUUGUGUAUCAUGCCGCCAGAAGAAGCAGAAGUGCGAGGACGGGAGGCCAUGCCAUCGCUGCAUCAAUGCACACAGGAAGUGCACGGACGACGACACGGAGAGCUUGAAGAGGAGAAGGCUUGACGAUCCUGCUGAGGCAAUUCGCAGAAAGAGAGCGCUAUUGUUAGGCUUUGUUGCUGAUCACUGGGUUGACGAUGACGUAUGGGAAGAGAAGAAUACGGUGAUCUAUCUUGUUCUCGAAGGUUGUGUGUAUAACACGCACAGUCACGCUGGCACCGCAAUCAUCGACAUGCGCCACAUGCAGCAGACAGGUAAGUGUGUCAAGUACAUCGGAUUUGCGAUGUAUACCUCCGCAUGCAUUUGCCAGGACCUGGAGCCGAGCAGCAACGACGAGCACGCUGAGUUCGAGUCUACGUCGGUACCAGCGUGUGAGGCAGAGGAGGAAGGGACAGCAGCAGCUCUGCCGACUUUGAACGUGCACAGAUCCACAAACAACAAACACACCAAGCAAGCUUGUGUAUCAUGCCGCCAGAAGAAGCAGACGUGCAUCCUCUACCAACUGGGCCGACAUUGGGAGCUCACGGCACAGCCAGGUUGUCGCGCGUUGAGCUAUCACGAUGAUCGCUCGUUCUUUUUACUUGGCUCCUGCAGAUGGCCUACUCGGCGGUACUGCACGCUCCCCGAAAACGACUACAUCCAACUUAAGAACUUCUUCACAGAACAAGCACGAGGAUCAGGCGAUAAGAGGAAUACUAGGGUCUUGACUUUCCUGCUCGAUCGAAAGAUACAGGAGCACAUGAGACUGGAGAAAAUCAUCAGGGAGCUCAAGGCCAAACAGAUUGAGAGGUAUGACAGAAUGAUGGCAGACCUGACGGCCAGCAAGGCUGAAACCAUCAAAGUACUCAACGACCAGUUGCAGGAAAUUCCGGUCGAGGUCGAUAGUGCUCGGCAUACUUGCAUGCUAUGUAAAGGUUUCGAGAUCUCGUGUAUCGAGUUUGCGAGCUCUUUUGAAACGGAUUGCUCCUUGCCUGCGAACCCAAACUCUCGCAGCUGUCGACAGACCGGCUUGCUGUACUCAAUCAGUGUGUUCUUCGGCCCCGUGAACAGAUGGCCUGCCACAAACGUAUUGAUACCCUCCGAGCCCGUAAGAGACAUGCUGCAGUUGUACCAGAAUACUGCGAUCUCAAUCAGCACUCGAUUGUUACUCACGACAGUGAGUUUGGCUUGUUCGAUCAAAACUGUCAGCCUCAUGGAAAAAAACUACAAGUCAAUCACCUACAAGUCAAUCACCUACAAGUCAAUCACCUACAAGUCAAUCACCUACAAGUCAAUCACCUACAAGUCAAUCACCUACAAGUCAAUCACCUACAAGUCAAUCACCUACACGUCAAUCACCUACAAGUCAAUCACCUACAAGUCAAUCACCUACAAGUCAAGUCAACCUACAAGUCAUGUUAAUGACCUACAAGUCAAUGACCUACAAGUCAGUGAACUACCCAGAGCCGGGCCGUACGUCGAAGUUGGCACGGACCACAUCAUCCACUGA